AUGGAUACAUUGUUGGAAGGUCCAGUCUUGGAGGAGGGUUUGAGUCUGUCUUCAUGCCCCGGAGGAGCUGCCAUCUGUGGGGAACAUGGAGAGAGACUGUCUUUCUUCUGUGUGGAUGAUCUGAGUCCAGUGUGCUGUGAGUGUGGAGUAUCUGACACACACAACGGACACAGAGUUUACCCCAUACAGGAGGCAGUGGAAGACUGUAAGGGGGAGCUGGAGUGCUCUGUACAUGUUUUGCAAGAUAAAGUGUGGAGGUGCGACCUUGUCAAACAGACCUGUGAAUCUGCCCAGAAGCACAUCCUGUCUCAGGCCCAGAGCACAGAGAGGCAGAUAAAGGAGGAGUUCGAGAAACUUCAUCAGUUCCUCAGGGAGGAAGAGGAGGCCAGGAUAGCGGCACUGAGGGAGGAAGAGGAGCAGAAAACAGGAAGGAUAAAGGAACACGCUCAAAAGAUGGACGGAAUGAUUGACGUCCUCUCUGAAACAAUCAGAGAGAUCGAAAAAGAGACGAAAGUGGACGGCGUGGACCUACAGGGGAGCUACGAGAGCCUGGUCAAAAGAAUACGGCAGUGUGAACAGAGCCCUGAGAAGGUGAACAGUUCUUUGAUUAAUGUGUCUGAACACGUGGGGAACCUGAGAUUCCGAGUCUGGAAUAAGAUGCAGCAGAUCACUCCAUACACUCCUGUCACUCUGGACCCAAACACUGCCUCAUCCUGCCUGGUCAUAUCUAAAGACCUCAGGCAGGUUCUGCAGCUGGAGCAGCAUCAGCGCCUCCCCAGCGUCCCCGAACGCUUCCGGCCUUACGCCUGUCUCCUGGGGUCCGAGGCGAUGACCUCCGGCCGGCGCCGCUGGGACGUGGACGUGGGCGACAGUUCCAACUGGACUCUGGGUGUGGCUCAGGCGUCCGUCAAACGGGGGGAGGAGUUUGAAGCUUGCCCGGAGGCGGGGCUUUGGACCAUCAGCCUGAGGCGAGGACAGUACGUGGCUCUGACCUCGCCUUGCCAGACCCUGUCGCUACGGGGGAGACGCCCACGUCGCAUCAGGGUGUGUGUCGACUGGGAUGAGGGGUUUGUGAGGUUCGUGGACCCAGACUGUGACACACACCUCUAUACCUUCACACACACCUUCACUGAACCGUUACUGCCUUAUUUUGAGAGCAUCUGCAAAGUCCGUCCCUUGGUCAUUUUGUCACAGAAGGUUUCUGUGGUUACUGAGAAACAUCAGAUCCCUGAGGACGGGGACCAGGAUUCUGAAAACAGCCCCGCCCAUGAGGAACAGAUCUCCUAG